AUGGAGAGGUACACGAAGCUUUCGGUGGCAUGGAGAGAAACAAGACCGCCUCCUAAAAGUCCGGAAGAAGCUUCACGGCUCGUAAUUCAGACCUUAAAGAGACAUCAGAAGGCAGAUGUUGAGGGAUUAUUGGCUUUCUACGGUCUCCCUCUACCGCAUGAUUUGGUUGAGCUCACUAUUGGUGCUCCUACAUCACAACCACAUGGACUCAAAUUCGAAUUGCACACUCUCCCGGUGGAUGUGAAGGCUGUAGCAGAUGGUGAUACAAUAACUGUAUAUGUUAGCACUAACAACGCUAGGGAGUCUUCGAAUGUUCCUAGAGAAGUUCAAGUUGCAGCUGUUCAAAGAUCUCAGGCACGUGCUCAAAGAGAUUACGAUAGGGCAGACGAACUUCACAAAAAGAUGAUCGAUGCAGGAUAUAGGUUGAAUUACCCUUUUCUUUUUUUCCCUNUGAACAUUCAAAACCAGGAAGUCCUUGCAAGAAAAUACCGAAUAAGACUAAGGGGGAUUGAUGCGCCGGAGACCAAAAUGCCGUUUGGGAAGCAGGCAAAGGAAGAAUUGGCUAAAAUUGUUCAGAAUAAGUGCUUAAAAGUUCUGGUGUUUGAUGAAGACCGAUAUGGUCGAUGUGUAGGAGAUAUAUAUUGCAACGGCAUGUUUGUUCAGGUAACGAAGGAAAAUGAAAAUGUAUUCAUUGGGAGAAAGAGGCUCGAGCCAAGCGGGUCGGUUUGUGGGCAUCAUCAAACCCUGAGAUGCCAUGGGAAUGGAGAAAGGACAGGCGUGAAGGCCGAUAGCUCCAAGCAUUUUCAUAACUAUUUAUUAGGAUUUGUCUAUAGAAACAAAUUGGGGAAAAAGAGGAAAAAUUACCGCUUUGGUAUCUCUGGCGACCCCAUACCCGCCGUAGUACAUCUGGCCCACAAGCACUUGCAUGGCCGUGUCGCCAUUCUUGGCCUGCUUGAGCGUGUCUUGGAACCAGCGCUGGGCACAAUCCGCCACCACCUCCGCCAGCGGCGUCCGCCGCUGCGCCUCCGAGCUCUCCGCCACCCUCGUCGGCCGUGUGGUCAGCCUGAGAUGGUGGGAUUCGGGUCUCGACACGGCGGGUUGGGCCGAGGAUUGGGAUCGGGUUUUGGAUACGGGUCUCGGAUGGGCGGGGCGGCGCGGCCCACGGUUGGGGGAAUUGAUGAAGCGAGCAAAUUCAGACGAAACUGA